AACUACUACUUUGACACUCAUUAUUUGCUUUUUUUCAAGCCAACAUCCUCUCUCUCAGGCAACACAGAAAUAGAUGUGGAUAAUGGAAAAGACAACAACAUCUUUGACAUAAAUAAAGAGGCAGGCCUUCAUUUGAUGGAGGGAGAUAUAGUGACUAAUGAGGCACAAAGCAAAAAUUUUGAUUUGGGUGAAAGAUAUCGCUGGCCUGCCACCGUGCCGUACUUCUUGGAUAAGUCACUGGAGAUUAAUGCCAAAGGUGUGAUCCUGAAAGCAUUUGAACAAUACAGACUCAAGACGUGUAUUGACUUCAUGGAGUGGAGCGGAGAACCAAACUACAUUUCGGUAUAUAAAGGCAAUGGAUGUUAUUCUUUGGUGGGGAACCAGCAAGUUGGAAAGCAGGAAUUGUCAAUUGGUGCAAACUGUGAUCGUUUGGGAACUGUGGAGCAUGAAUUUCUUCAUGCUUUGGGUUUCUGGCAUGAGCAAUCUAGAUACGACAGAGAUGAUUAUGUUGUCAUAAUGUGGGAUCAGAUUGAAAAAGGUCAGGCACCCAAUUUCGAAAAACGCAGUGACAAGGUGUCAACCUCUCUUGGUGUGCCGUAUGACUACAAUUCUGUUUUGCACUACAGUAAGACAUUAUUCAAAAAAGGCAAAGAGCCAACUAUAGUCACCAAGAUACCAGAGUUCAUGGAUGUGAUCGGCCAGCAGAUGGAGUUUAGUGACAGUGACGUGCUCAAACUCAACAGGCUAUAUAACUGCAGUGCUGGCUUAACAUUCCUGGACUCAUGCCAGUUUGAACAGCCGAACAUCUGUGGUAUGAUCCAGGGUGAGGGUGGGAAUGCCAAGUGGACUCGAGAACAAUCGGCAGAGGGCGGUCCAAAAACAGACUUUACUGUUCUGGGUCAAUGUCAAGGUUUUGGGUACUUCAUGCAUUUGAGCACAUUAACAGGAAAUCAGGGAGACCAGGCUUACUUGGAGGGUCGUCCCUUUUACCCCACCAGAGGCUUUCAGUGCCUGCAAUUCUAUCAUUACAACAGUGGGGGCGAUGAUGAUCAACUAAAUGUGUGGGUGCGCGUUUACACCGACGACAAAUCCAUAGGAGAUCUGAGAUUGGUUCAGACAAUAAUCGGUGGACCUAAAAACUCCUGGGAGCUGUACCAUGUGAACAUACGGGUCUCUCAAAAAUUCAGGGUGGUGUUCGAGGGCGUUAAAGGACAUAAGGCUUCAAAAGGGGGGCUGUCUCUGGAUGACAUCAACCUCUCGGAGACACAGUGUCCUCACCACACUUGGCGUAUUCGUAACUUUUCCAACCUUCUCGCCACAACCCAAGUAGGCUCCAAAAUCUUCAGUCCACCCUUCAUAUCCAGAAAAGGUUACUCUUUUCAGGUUAGCCUGUACAUUAAAGGCACGGCGGAUAGCCCGGAUACAAUGGCAAUCUACUUCCACUUGACUUCCGGACCUUAUGAUGAGCGUCUCAAAUGGCCGUGUCCGUGGCAACAAGCUUCCAUGGUGAUGAUGGACCAGACUCCAGACAUUCAGAAACGCAUGAACAACCUGAGGAUGGUCACUACAGAUCCAAAUAAGACCUCCACUGAUUCUGCAGGUAAUGUGAAAUAUUUUUGGGACAACCCACGAAAAUUUGGUAGUCGGGUCACUGACUCCGAUGGCAAAUCAUACUAUCGGGGGCCAGGUUACGGCACCACCAAUUUCAUCACGCAUGAACACCUCAAGAGUCGAAGCUUUAUUAAAGGAAAUGACGUGAUCUUUCUCCUGUCUCUUGAAGAUGCAACUGGACUUUUGAAGCAGCAGCUUGCAGAUUUAAGGAUACCAGAUAUCAGAGAUCUGAAACAAGCAAUUGACUACUCUGUCACAGCUUCCACCGGCAGUUCAACAGCAAUGUUUGCAAUAAGCGUCUUUGUGGCAGCUGGAAUGUUAAUGGCUGUCACAGUGGGCACACUGUACUAUGUGUGGAGAGUUCAGAAAAGACAGAUGCAAAGAGAUAGAGAGGCGGAACCGGAGAGGACAGAUGGCUGGUUGGAGGAUAAAGAGUUGGAACCAUGGCUGGAGGAUAAAGAGCUGGAACAAUGGCUGGAGGAUAAAGAGCUGGAACCAUGGCUGAGAGCCAUCUCUGGGAACAACCUUGAGACGUACUGCUCUGCGUGUCAAAAGGCGAUUAGCGUAGCCUCGUUUCGCUUUCUAAUAAACCCAGCAUUGGGUUGGUCACUCAAUUAA